AUGACCGUCUCCCUCUUGGAUCUCUUCUCUGUCCCUACUCUACAUCCCCUCCUGUGCCCCCCCGACCGAACCCUCGUCCUCGAGCAGUCCAGCAAGCGCAUCAGAGCUGACCUCAACCUCGCCUCCCCCUCCACCCUCGCAGACGUCCUCCUCCUCGUCGAGCUCAAGCACCCCCCAGCUGACUCCCAGUCCCUUGCCGCCUGGUUGAUGCGCCAUCAGGCCGCCGACAUCUCGCUCAAGGCCUCCAACCCCGCCGCUUUCCUCGCAGCCCUCCCGAGCCUCCGACAAGCCCACGACCAGGGCUGGAGAGGACCGCACACGCUGGACUUGACCUACUGCGGCCUCAGCGACGACGCCAUGGACGAGGUCGCCAACAGCCUGGAGACGAUGCCCCGCCUUCGAAGCCUCAAGCUGCGGAGCAACCGCAUCUCCGGAGAGGGAGCGCGGAAGCUGUUCGCGGGCUUCAAGCACACCCCCGACCUGCAGUACCUCGACCUGGACUGGAACAGCCUGGGCAACGAGGGAGCCUUCUACCUCCGCGGGGGCCUCGAGCUCGUGCCCGGCCUGAGGUCGCUCAAGAUGCGCUGCAACGAGGUGGACGGGAAGGGAGCCGCCAUCCUCUUCGCGGGGCUGCGGGAGAUGCCGAGCCUGCGGGACCUGGACAUGGUGAGAGGAGAGGAGGCGGGCGAGAGGGUCGGGCGGGGACUGAAGGGCCUCCGUGUGCGCGAGCAGAGAAACAACGACCUCGGGGAGGAGGGCGCGGCGUUCCUUGAGCACUGGCUAGAGCACAGCCGUCACUGCCAGAUCCGCAUGCUGGACCUGGUGGGGAACGGGAUCUCGGAAGAGUCGGGGAGGAGCCUUGCGAGGAAGCUUCAGCGAACAUGCAGGGAGGCAUGGGCAGCGGGAGAGUCAGGACAAGGAGAACCAGGUCAAGAUCUUAUCAUGGUUGCAUGUUGA